AUGAUGAACGUCUUCAAUUUAAUUUAUAAUGAACUUGUUGAUAUAUUCAGUGAUUCACAUUAUGACAAUUUUGAAUCAAUUGAUAAGGAUUUAUUAAGUCAUAUUUGUAAUUUUCUUCAAGUACUUGAAAAAGCUAUUACAACUUUAAGUGAUGAAACUCAGUCAACACUUAGCAAGGUAUACCACUACGAAAAAAAAGAAAUUGAUACACACUGGCCGAUCCAAUCGGAACAUUUACUUUCAACCUUGAUCCAUCCUCGUUUACGAGAUUUUUGUGGUAAUCAGUCCUUGAAAGAUCAAGCUAUUCAAUUAUUACAGUCUGCUGUUGUUCCUUCAAAUAAUUCAUCUAAUGUUAAUUCAUUAACUUGUGAUUUAUCUGCAUCAUCAAGUGUUGAUAAAUCAACAACACCUGUAAAAGCAAAUAUUUGA